AUGUCGCCGUGUCCUUCGAAGAGAUCCACAGAGUAUCGGGAAUCGACAGUAUCGUCUACAUCGAGCUUGCCGAAACAAUGUAAACUUCAUGAGAGAGCUAUUGAGAAUAUUGCAAAUUUGCCAAGCUGCGAACUCGCUUCCGAUGACCAUUGUUCAGAAGAAAAGUUUUUGCUAGCUUGGCUUCGAUAUCAUUAUGAACAACAACGCGUUCGAGAUUGGAUGACCGAUCGUCGUAUAAUCAUGAAUCCACAAGAAAAGCAGGAUGUGGCCGAAUAUCGAGCGAUUCAAAAUUUUCAUCAUGAUUUAUCUGAUAGCCUUGUACUAAUUGCAGUUACCGCAGCCUAUUGCCCCUUUCUCAUCGACGAAUGCUUUAGCAAUUUGUACAUUUGCUCGAGAAACAAACAAGAGAUGCUGCAUAACGCUAUUUGCCUAGUUACUGCUUGGAGGAAAAUACGACUUGGCUUUAUUAUUACGCCGAUGCAAUUGGUUAAUCCGAAUCAAGUGCAAAUAUUAAUGCUGGUCGUCCAUCUUUUCCAAGUUUUACCGACAUAUGUACCUCGCGCCAAGGUCAAAUUUAACUGUUCACUAUCCCAAAUCGUCACGAAGCAAAUAAGCGUUUCAAAUCCGACAGAUAACAUUGUAAAUUACUUAUUGUUGCUCAUAAACGAUGACAAUAAUUUUUUUACUAUCCUGAAGCCCGAGUCGAGCUUACGUUUAAACGCGUACGGUAGUGGCCAAAUACAAAUACAGUUUCAUGCUAAGAAAAUACAAAAAAACAGAGCAUAUUUGAUGCUUUGUGGACGAGCUAUUGGAUCACAUUUUGGAAGAAAUCAGAUUAUCAUCUUGGAAGGUUAUAUCGAUAAUCUUGGAAUUGCGAGCAAAUAUACUAUACGUAGCAAAUUAUAUCAGAUUGUCGAGACAAAUCUGAAAAUCCAUGUACCCUAUCAAAAUGCAGCAGAAUAUGAUAUAUGGAUGACAGACGAACGGCCGAGCAACCCUUCGACUCUAAAAAUGACGCAAUGGCAAGAAUUGCGAGCCAGGAAAAUACCAAGAAGACUUUUCUUGAAUCAAGAUUUAAUAGUCGUCGCCGAGGGUGCAUCAGAGGCACAUUUAUCAAUCAGUGUGGCGUGUAUCGUACCUAAGCAACGAACGUUUUGGUUGAUUUUUCAAGCGAAAACGGGUGACUUUAUUAUUCAAAUAAAUUCGGUUUGGCAAAAGUCAAUCAACGAUCGCAUCGUUGUCCAAUGGACAGUUCAAGAAGAAUGCAUUUGCUCAAAUCAGCGAAACGGCGUAAGAGAGACUUGUCCGUUUAAUAUCAGCGUACCUAUACCAUCCUGUAACGAGCAGUUUCGGAGAUGUGUAAUUGAAAUGUUUAAAAAAACUCUCGAACCGCGAGAAUACCUAUUCUGGUCCAAAUACUCGAAUACUUAUAUCGAGCUACGAUUAAUAAAGUGGUUGAUGAGAAGUGACAUUGAUUCUGCAGCUCUGGAAUUUGUGCAUGUUUUUAACACCACAGUGACAUAUAAAGUUACAAUUUCGGAUAAAUCAAGUCCUCUUAUUUUACCAGAACGUUUUACUAUACAAGAUGUGAGGCCAUUUAAUCAGCAAGUUCCAAUGAUCGUACAUAUUUUACCAACAACUCCUCCAUUGUAUGAAGCGACGCUCACUCUUACGUCUUUAGAUGAUAAAGAAUUCCGAGUAUACACUAUCGACUGCUUACGAUCCUAAAGUUAUCA